UCCGACCCCCACACCCAUGCAGCUUGCGGAGGAUAUUGUGGUGAAGCCCUGAUCCGAGUACUUACUGUCAUCCCCACUCUGUGAGCCCCCCAAGUCUCCACGGUCCAGUGAUCGCAAACUCACAUACAAUGGCGUGCAGCUCCAUCCACGGUGGCCCCCUACUGCAGCUCCCCUCGGUCGGUGCCAAGAACAUUUUCUUCUCCGGUGGCACCACAAACCCCGGUGUAAGCUUUCCGUCUACUGCCCGCGACAACAGAAGAUGCUCAAAGAUCAGGCCGUCGGUCUUCUCGGCCGGGGACGGCCGGCCGCAGCUGGACGAGAACCCGGAAGGGAUCAUCUCCGGCGAGUGGACCGAGAACUUCUCUUUGCUGAGCUACGAUGACCUGCGGGCGUAUCUCGAGUCACACAUCACUGCUCAUAAGGUCGGGCCUUGUUCGCCGCUGAGGGAGGUCAUGUCGACGGCGAUCGUGACUGCGACCGCCAGCCAGAUGCUGGAAGAGAUCGACCAUCAUUUUGAGGCCGUGUCGGGGCUGCCGGUGGUCGACGGCGAGCGCAGAUGCAUUGGGGUCGUUUGCAGGAGCGACGGGAGUAGAGCCUCUUCACUUGGAUCCAAGACGAGCGUCGGUGAAGUCAUGUCCUCUCCAGCGAUCACACUGUCGCCUGAGAAGACAGUCACGGAUGCUGCAGCCUUGAUGCUGAAGAUGAAGAUCCAUAGGAUACCCAUCUUGAACGAGGAAAGGCGAGUCAUAGGUGAGAACGAACGCAAAGCACCGAGCUCAUGCCUCGGGCUCUGCAAACCAUUUUUAGCUAAUGCACGCCACCUUGGUCAUGUUCACAGGCAUUGUGACGCGCACUGACAUAUUGGAAGCUUUGGAAGCAUGAACACUCCCACGGACUCUUCUCUUCAUGUAAAUAUACUGAAACAAUAUCGACCAUGUAAAUAAUGGUUUUUUACGUUGUGUAAUGGAAACUCCUACCGACUCACUCGUUAAUCA